CUAGUGCACCUAUCAGCGCGUAAUAGCCCCUGCCAUGUGGAGUACACCAGGUUGUCUGACUGAUUAUGCUGUUCCCGUCGCCAACCACGUAUCAGUGAUAGUCCAGGGGUAGAGAGACAAAUCAAACAUGUCAGAGGGGGGCAGUUGUGGACUUCUCUCGAGUGGCCACUCUCGAGUGAAGUUUUGUGCAGCUUAUGAAUUUUGUGCACGUCGAGCAAUCCGAUGCAGUAGGAUGAUAUGCUCGAGAAAUACGUCACAUCAAUGCUUCGCGGAGCUGGUCAUAGAUGGAUAACUAACUGUGUGCUGCUUUGUGCUUGUAACACUCACGCAUUCUUACACCACGAGACAUUGACGACUUCGUUGUUCACUUGCGCCAGUAGUUGUAGACUUCCAAGAAUCAGACUCAAUAGGAGGUGGGCAUUGUGGGGUGGUCGGCUACUCACUUCGGGUCAGGUCGAUAUGAGCACCACCGCUCGCCAACCACCCGUGCGUGGCUUUAUUUACUUUCACCUUUCGCCGCCGUUGCUGUGGAGACGGUCGUCAACAAUCGCGCCCCACCUUCGCGUCCCGGGACUCGAGGAGGAGGAAGACGGGAUGAAAGCACAACACGCGGGCGCGAACCACCCGCGCUCCUUCCUCCGAUGCCUCAACACGGUCCGCGAACCAGUCUCGCGCACCCUGAAGGCCUCCAAGGAGCGCUCGAGGCCCUACUUGGCCCAGAAAUCCCCCUCCGGCUUUCGCCAAACACAGAAGGCGAUCCCCUCGGCGUAG